AUGACGGACGUUCUCGGGUACAUUACCGACGUCCUUCAAAACAUUAAUGAUGGCAAUGUAGAGUAUUGCAAGAAUUUAUGUUAUAAAGGACAACAAAAUGAGCAACUUGAAAAAUUUGAUACUGUCUUGAGAAAACUAUUAGAACGACAAGUUCAUUUAGAAAAUGAGGUCGCUCGUUAUAAGUCAUUGUUAAGUGAAAAUGAUUCCAUUGUCAUAAUUAAUGAUAACAGUUCCUUACCUAUUACACCUAAUGAAGAUUUCGUUAAACAAUCAGUUCUUGAGAAUGAUUAUCCCAUUGAAACAGCAAAAUAUCAACCCAUUAAUAAUGAAGUUAUAAAUAAUCAGAACAAGACUGUUGACGAAUUUAAUCCAGAUAGUCCUCCUUGUACCCCUCCUGUUUUGGAACAUGAUCAAGUUUGUCUGGAAUGCAUUAAUCAAUGUACUAGCGUCGCAUUAGCCAUUACCAAUGGCGAUUUUAAAAAACGAGUUACUUGUCAAACCGCAUCCGGCCCAAUGCUAACGUUAAGAAAUGCGAUUAACACCAUGGUUGACAAAGUCGAUCGUGUAUCUGUUGAAUUAAUCCAUGUUACUCAUAUGAUGAUUCAUUUGAAUAUGAUGGCCAGUAACCAUUCUAAGCAAGUUAGAGAUAUUGCUGAGGUAUGUACAGCUGUCGCUCAUGGUGAUCUUAGUAAAAAGAUUACCAUUGAAGUCAAAGGAGAAACCCUUGUCCUAAAAAACACCAUUAAUACUAUGGUUGAUCAAUUAAAUUCCUUUGCAUCUGAAGUCACUCGCGUAGCUCAUGAAGUCGGCACUGAAGGUAAAUUGGGUGUACAAGCUCAAGUUCGAGACAUUGAUGGAACUUGGAAACUUUUAACCGAUAACGUCAAUACAAUGGCCGAAAACCUUACUGCUCAGGUCCGUGAUAUUGCUGAUGUGUCUAAAGCUGUCGCUAGAGGUGAUCUUAGCAAAAAGAUUACUGUUAACGUCAAGGGUGAAAUUUUGGACCUUAAAAAUACAAUUAAUACUAUGGUGGAUCAGCUGCAAACCUUUGCCACUGAAGUCACUCGAGUGUCCCUUGAAGUAGGCACAGAAGGGAAACUAGGUGGUCAAGCGAAUAUUAAAGAUGUUGGUGGUAUUUGGAAAGAUCUGACCGAUAAUGUAAAUCUCAUGGCAUCAAAUCUGACGAAUCAAGUGCGUGAUAUCGCCACAGUUUGUAAAGCUGUCGCGUGUGGUGAUCUAUCAAGAAAAGUUACUGUUCCCGUACAGGGUGAAAUUUUGGAAUUGAAAGUCACAAUUAAUACUAUGGUUGAGCAACUACGUAUGUUCGCUGCGGAAGUGACACGUGUCGCUCGUGAAGUUGGAACUGAAGGGAUGCUGGGUGGGCAAGCUGAAGUCCAGGGAGUGGACGGAACAUGGAAGAUUCUUACGGACAAUGUAAAUACAAUGGCAGCAAAUCUGACAGCGCAGGUCCGAGAUAUAGCAAAUGUAUCCAAAGCCGUAGCUCGUGGUGAUUUAAGUAAAAAAAUUACUGUUGAUGUAAAAGGAGAAAUAUUAGAUUUAAAAAAUACCAUUAAUACCAUGGUUGAUCAGUUGCAAACAUUUGCCAUUGAAGUUACACGCGUUUCCUUGGAAGUUGGAACGGAGGGUAAAUUAGGUGGUCAAGCUGUUGUCAAAGACGUUGGUGGAACAUGGAAGGAGCUUACAGACAACGUUAACAUCAUGGCCGCAAAUCUUACAACACAAGUGAGAUCGAUUGCUGAAGUGACUACAGCUGUAGCUAAAGGCGAUUUAAGCAAAAAGAUUAUUGUAGAUGUUAAGGGUGAAAUUUUAGAUUUGAAAAACACGGUUAAUUCUAUGGUGGAUCAAUUAAGAACAUUUGCAGCAGAAGUGACAAGAGUAGCAAGAGAAGUAGGUACAGAAGGUAAACUUGGAGGACAAGCUGUAGUAAAAGAUGUUGGGGGCACUUGGAAAGAACUGACGGACAAUGUUAAUACCAUGGCCGCCAAUUUAACUGCACAAGUGCGGGACAUUGCUAAUGUAUCAAAAGCAGUGGCCCGCGGUGAUCUAAGUAAAAAAAUCACAGUUGACGUAAAAGGAGAGAUAUGGGAUCUUAAAAAUACUAUAAAUACUAUGGUAGAUCAACUACAAACGUUUGCUACUGAAGUAACACGAGUAUCCUUAGAAGUGGGUACCGAAGGAAAACUUGGAGGGCAAGCUGUAGUUAAAGAUGUACAUGGUACAUGGAAAGUUCUAACUGACAAUGUAAAUAUUAUGGCUGCUAACUUAACCACGCAAGUACGAUCCAUAGCGGAAGUCACUACGGCUGUGGCAUGUGGUGACUUAAGUAAAAAGAUUAGUGUAGACGUGAAAGGCGAAAUACUUGAAUUAAAAAAUACUGUAAAUUCAAUGGUAGAUCAACUUCGUAUGUUCGCUGCAGAAGUAACGCGUGUGGCACGUGAAGUGGGUACUGAAGGUAUUCUUGGUGUCCAAGCACACGUCAAGGAUGUUGGCGGGACGUGGAAAGAACUAACAGACAACGUCAAUACAAUGGCUUCAAAUUUAACUGCACAAGUGCGUGAUAUUGCAAAUGUCUGUAAAAGCGUAGCUUGUGGUGAUCUCAGCAAGAAAGUUACUGUAAAUGUCAAAGGAGAAAUCCUGGAUUUGAAGAACACUAUAAACACUAUGGUGGACCAGUUGUCUACCUUUGCCGCCGAAGUGACGCGUGUGGCUCGUGAAGUCGGUACGGAAGGAAAAUUAGGAGUCCAAGCACAAGUAAAAGAUGUUCGAGGUACUUGGAAAGAGAUCACAUCCAACGUCAAUACUAUGGCCGCAAACUUAACUUCACAAGUCCGUGCGUUUGCUCAGAUAUCCGCUGCAGCGACAGAUGGUGAUUUCACUCAAUUUAUUACUGUUGAUGCUUCGGGUGAAAUGGAUUCUCUCAAAACAAAGAUCAACCAGAUGGUUUACAAUUUAAGGGAAAGUAUUCAAAAGAAUACUGCUGCCAGAGAAGCAGCAGAAUUGGCUAAUAGGAGCAAGAGUGAAUUUUUGGCAAACAUGUCGCAUGAGAUUCGUACACCUAUGAAUGGUAUUAUCGGGAUGACUACGUUAACCCUGGAAACCGAAUUAACAAGACAACAACGUGAAAACCUAAUGAUCGUUAGUUCUCUAGCCAAUUCAUUGCUGACCAUUAUCGACGAUAUACUAGAUAUUUCAAAGAUUGAGGCCGGACGUAUGACCAUUGAACAAAUUCCAUUUUCACUCCGGUCUGCUGUGUUUGGAGUUCUUAAAACGCUUGCCGUUAAGGCGAACCAAAAGAAAUUGGCUUUAAUUUACGAUGUCGACAAUGGUAUACCCGAUCAACUUAUUGGAGAUCCAUUACGUCUAAGACAAGUUAUAACGAACCUUAUUGGAAAUGCUAUCAAGUUCACCACCGAAGGGGAGGUUGUUCUCUCAGUACACUCUUUAUUUGUUAGUGAUCACGUUGUCUUGGAAUUUUGUGUCCGUGACACUGGUAUAGGUAUUCAGGAAGAUAAGAUUGAUAUGAUAUUCGACACUUUCUGUCAGGCUGACGGUUCAACAACAAGAAAAUAUGGUGGUACUGGUCUAGGGCUAUCAAUAUCAAAACGUCUUGUAUCAUUAAUGGGUGGUGAUUUGUGGGUUAAGAGUGUAUACGGGCACGGGUCCGAAUUCUUUUUCACGGUUAAGGUAAAUUUGGGUACAAUGAGCCGAGACCAAAUAGAUCAAAAAAUGGCUCCUUGGAAUGGUCGACAUAUUUUGUUUAUCGACACCAUGCACGAUGAAACUGGUGUCGUUGGUAUAAUUGAGGAUCUAGGUCUUCGACCAAAAAUUGCUUGUUCAGUAGAAGAAACUGCGAUAAUAACGGCAUCUCGCAAAUCAGAUACCCCUUUAUUCGAUACAGUGAUUGUUGAUGAUUUAAGUAUAGUUGAAAGGUUAAGGGAGAUUGCACAUUUAAGAUACACGCCUAUAGUUCUCUUGGCUCAAAUGAUACCUAAAUUAAACAUGAAGAAUUGUAUUGACCUUGGUAUUACAUCGUAUAGUAGCACACCAUCGAAUUUACCUGAUUUGGUGAAUGCUAUGUUACCAGCACUUGAAUCUCAUGCAGCAAUUCCAAGUGAUUUUGCAAGGCAACAACCAUUGGACAUUUUAAUGGCCGAAGACAAUAUCGUUAAUCAAAAGUUGGCGGUUAAAAUACUAGAGAAGUUUGGUCACAGAGUUGAAAUAGUGUCAAAUGGUCAAUUAGCCGUUGAGGCUUUCAAAGCUAAACGAUAUGAUCUUAUAUUGAUGGAUGUACAAAUGCCUAUAAUGGGUGGAUUCGAAGCCACACAGAAAAUACGUGAAUUUGAACAAGAAACUGGUGGUCAUGUUCCUAUAAUUGCCUUAACGGCUCAUGCAAUGAUAGGAGAUCGGGAGAAAUGCCUUUUCGCGGGAAUGGACGAAUAUGUUACAAAACCAUUAAGAAUGACUGACCUUAUUGCCACCAUAAAUAAAUUCCCAGUAAAGAGUCCCAUAGAAGAAGUACCGUUGCCUGAAGAGUCUCAAGCUAUACUCCCGAUAUAA